AAACACAGAGAUACGAAUACACAAAUCAACAAUGAUAAAAUUAAAAAAGAAAUUGAAAAACGAGAAUAUACAAGAGAAGAUAAGAUUAAAUGAGAGAAGAAAACAUAACGAAGAUACAAAACAGCAUAUAAACCCUAGUUCGAAAAUAUCGCGAUAAAUUGGAAAAAUCAUCGAAAUCUGCGACCUCCGUUUAUCUCUCCGUCGGGAAAGACCAAUCUCUCACAAUCUGUUGUAUAAUAAUAUUCCACGGGACUAAAAUUUCAGCAUCCUUACUUCCUAAUGGUUCGAGAAAAAGAUGUGUGUUGGGAAUAUGCAGAGAAAUUAGAUGGAAACAAGGUUAGAUGUAAAUUUUGCCAAAGAGUUUUAAAUGGCGGCAUUAGUAGAUUGAAGCAUCAUUUAUCUCGAUUCCCGAGUAAAGGGGUGAAUCCUUGUAGUAAGGUCAGAGAUGACGUUACUGACAGAGUAAGGAAUAUAAUUGCGUCAAAGGAUGAGAUUAAAGAAACCACUAGUGUGAAGAAACAAAAAGUAGCAGAAGUCAAAUCUCCUGGUAGUCUUUCUGCAACCAAAGCUCUUAUGUCUUUGGAGACAACAUCCCCUACUGGGAAGAUUUUCCCUACUAGCAAUCCUUUGACCCCUUCUUCAACAAACAACCAAGAGAAUGCAGAAAGAAGUAUUGCUCUAUUCUUUUUCGAGAAUAAGCUAGACUUCAGUGUUGCGCGGUCAUCAUCGUAUCAGUUGAUGAUUGACGCCAUUGGAAAGUGUGGUCCUGGAUUUACAGGUCCAUCAGCUGAAAUUCUGAAAACAACAUGGCUGGAGAGGAUAAAAUCAGAAGUGGGCUUACAAUCAAAAGACGUUGAGAAAGAGUGGGCUACUACUGGUUGUACCAUUAUUGCAGACACGUGGACUGAUUAUAAAUCAAAGGCCAUUAUUAAUUUCUUAGUCUCAUCACCAUCCAGGACUUUUUUCCACAAAUCAGUGGACGCGUCUGCAUAUUUCAAGAACACAAAAUGGCUGGCUGAUCUGUUCGAUUCUGUUAUUCAAGAGUUUGGCCCUGAAAAUGUUGUGCAAAUUAUUAUGGAUAGCAGUUUUAACUACACUGGCAUUGCUAAUCAUAUUGUGCAGAACUAUGGAACAAUAUUUGUAUCUCCUUGUGCUUCUCAAUGUUUGAACCUAAUAUUGGAGGAAUUCACCAAGGUUGAUUGGAUUAGUAGAUGCAUUUUACAAGCACAAACUAUAUCAAAAUUAAUAUACAAUAAUGCUUCCUUGCUUGAUCUUAUGAAAAAGUACAGUGGAGGCCAAGAACUUAUCAGGACUGGGGUCACAAAGUCUGUAUCAACCUUCCUGUCUUUGCAGUCCAUGUUGAAGCUAAGAACAAGAUUGAAGCAUAUGUUUCACAGCCCUGAAUACGCCUCGAACACUUCCUAUGCAAAUAAACCUCAGAGUCUUUCUUGUAUCGCAAUUGCUGAAGAUGGUGAUUUCUGGAGAACAGUGGAAGAGUGUGUGGCCAUCUCCGAGCCUUUUUUGAAGGUUUUAAGAGAAGUAUCCGAAGGGAAACCAAUUGUAGGUUCGAUAUACGAACUAAUGACUCGGGCCAAAGAAUCAAUCAGGACAUACUACAUAAUGGAUGAGAACAAAUGCAAGACAUUCUUAGAUAUAGUAGAUAAAAAGUGGAGGGACCAACUUCAUUCCCCUCUACAUGCAGCUGCAGCAUUUUUAAACCCUAGUAUCCAAUACAAUCCUGAAAUAAAAUUUCUCUCUUCUAUAAAAGAAGACUUCUUUAAUGUUCUGGAGAAGUUACUUCCUGUACCAGACAUGAGGCGCGACAUCACCAAUCAAAUCUACACGUUUACAAAGGCACAUGGAAUGUUUGGUUGUAGCCUAGCAAGGGAAGCAAGAAACACAGUUGCACCAUGGCUUUGGUGGGAACAGUAUGGUGAUUCUGCUCCUGGGUUGCAACGAGUUGCCAUUAGAAUAUUAAGUCAAGUUUGUAGCACUUUCUCAUUUCAGAGGCAGUGGAGUACCUUUCGGCAAAUUCACUCUGAGAAGAAGAAUAAGAUUGAUAGAGAAACACUGAAUGACCUUGUUUAUAUAAACUACAAUCUCAAAUUGACUAAGCAGGUGAAUGCGAAGUCAUUAGAAGUUGAUCUGCUUCAAUCUGAUGAUAUUGACAUGACUUCUGAGUGGGUGGAGGAAAAUGAAACUGCAAGUCCAACUCAGUGGCUGGAUCGUUUUGGUCCAGCUUUGGAUGGCAAUGAUUUGAACACAAGACAGUUUGGUUCUUCUAUAUUUGGUGCAAAUGAUCCCAUAUUUGGAUUGUAAUUCUGUAUCAUAUCCUUUUUUUUUUUUACUCAUGUAGCAUAUCAAGUGUUGUUUAUAGUUCUAGAUCGUGUUCGGCCUGGUUGAAAUAGGUUUCAUUUUUUACUUGUAGGAAGUAUCUAUGUGAAUGAAAAUGAUGUAAAGAUGAGAGUUUAGAUAUGUGAAGGCAAAUCACUUAAAAGUCAUAUUUACCUUAGCUUUAUCCGAACAAUUUGACAACUUUAUGAUAGUGCACAUUCCCUAAGUAUGAACAAGUUUAAUAUGUGGAA